GUUUGCUAAAAGUGGGUGGGGCUAUAUAACUAUUGAAGCUCUCAUGUACUUCUGAUCUACUCGACUUCUUCUGGACCUUAGACUGGGUUUAGUAAUGGCUACUGACGACGCAGCUUCUCUACAGUUCUUACUAAAGGCUCAAUCUAAGGCUGUCGUAGUGAAUGUGUCUCGAGAAGCUUUCGUACAUCGAGGAGGAAAAGCCCCUGACCUGGUGGUGGCCUCAGUGGCCAAGUCACUCGACAUACAACCAUCAGACGCCCUCAAGCUAUUGACUUCCCUGGGUGCCCUCAUCACUACAGUGCUUUAUGAGGGCCUCGCAGACUCUGCCAGUAUAGCGACACUGUUCCCAGAAAACUUUCACAAGAACUUAAAAGGCCUCUUGUCAGACACUAUAGCCAAAAACUUACCUGAUUGGAAAUCUCAAGCGUUACAGAAUCAAGUGUCCCUACCUCGACUGGUGGACUUUGACUGGCGGGUGGACGUUAAGACCUCGUCUGACACAGCCGUCAGAAUGGCCCAACCCACCUGCCUCCUACAGAUGAAGAUCUCAGAGAGCCCUGAGGUUCAGAACGAGAUGCCAGCAAUGAGGAGUCUCAAUGUGGAGUUCUCCAAGGAAACGCUAGACACUAUGUUAGACGGACUGGGCAAGAUUAGGGACCAACUCUCGUCUGUGGCCAUUUAGUUUAUUUCUGUGUGUGUGUACUUUGUACUCUUGUAGGUGUUUUCAUUCGCUGCUAAUUGUGUGAACUGUUUUGUUGAAUGAGCUCAAUUUCUAUAUUAUACAGUUGUAUUAACUUUAUUACAUGUGAAAUUACCCAUUAAGAAUUGAGUUGAAGAAUAGUAAA